UGUGGGGUUUUAAUUUUUUAUUUAUUUAUUUAUUAACUUUCUCUAAUUUGGCUAAGAAAUUGGUUGAGAACUUGUGGUACACUUUAUGUUUUCCGUUUUUCAAAUGAUGGACCCAUAUGGGGUUGUCGUCAUUACUAGACAGCUUUCAUUUCGAGCUCAUUCAUUCCCGGGACAAACAAGGUUUUCUGCCCCUUUCUUUUCUUUGUUUUUGGCCAAUAUUCACGUUGUCGUAUUCCAAUCGUGAGAUGUUUAUCUAGUUUUGUGCAAACCAGCUUUAAGUAGUGAAUUGUGUUUUAGCCUUACUUAAGUUGCACUACACAUUUGAGAACAUUACAUGAUCUAAACGCGGUGAUGCAUGUGGCGCCAGCUUGUUCUUUAAGCUGUGGCAUUAACUAUGGCUGUGUAUCCUCAGUAGUAUUUUCUGGUUUCUUGCUAUUGGCAUUCCUCUAUAUCUGUGCUAGAGUUGAAUAAUCACCACACAUUGUUAAUAUUAUUUUCAGCAAGUUGAGAUUACCUGAAAUGCAAGAUAGGUUUGUGGGUUGACAAUCACUUUUGGCUUAUUGAAAUUAAGUACUUGUUAAGCAAUCAAUAAAAGAGUGCUUGGAUAAUGCACCAUAGAAGUGCCAAACUCUAUUUAUAAAUGUACGUAGAAUAUGGAAUAAUCUAUCUCAGUAUCCUUUGCAUCCAGUUGUUCAUUCUGGUUUAUCAUGUUGUUUCUAUAAAUUAUGAGAACAUACUCUCAGCUUCAAAGUAAUCAACUUGAAGAAAAUUGAAGAGCAAAUGGAAAAACUGAGGGAAACAAAACAGGAUCCAUCAUCAUCAUCAUUUGCAUUCCAGCAAGCUUCAUUUCUUGCUGAUAUAUUAGGACUUCUUGAGUCAGCAGCGACGUCUCAUCAACACAAUAAAGGGAAUAAUCAGCAAAAUGAUAGCUUCACCAGUCAUCCUUUGGUGAGAAGAAAGAAACGAUCAGAUGAACCAGCUGAUUACUUUCUGCGAGAAGAGAUUCGGAAGUAUGUCAGGAUCAAGCCUAACAGAUUAGGAAAACAAAAUUUUAUGGGUGCUAAUGCAAGCUUCACCAGCAUAGGCCAUGCGUGCUUUGCCAUGAAGGAAGAGCUUGAAGAAUACAUGGAUUAUGAUGUUGGAGAGAUCUGCAAUGAUGAUUGGAAACUGGCUCAAAAGCUCAUGGUUCAUGGCUGUGAUCCUUUACCAAGGAGAAGGUGCUUUUCAAGGGCCCCUAAGCUAUACAACCAACCAUUUCCCAUCACUGAAUCAUUGUGGAAACUCCCUGAUGAUAGAAAUGUUAGAUGGAGUCAAUACCGGUGCAAGAACUUUGCCUGUCUCGCUGGCAACACCACUGGUAAGGGAUUCUUCAAGUGUGCACACUGCUUCAAUCUCACCAGCCAUGAGAUGCCUAGAUGGAUGAGCCUGGAAUCUGAUUCAAACCAGACAGCCGAUUUCCUUAUAUCAGAUGUUCUUGCAAUUAAGCCAGGAGAGAUCAGAAUGGGAUUGGACUUCAGUGUUGGAACUGGGACUUUUGCUGCUAGGAUGAGGGAAUUCAAUGUGACAAUAGUUUCUGCCACAAUCAAUUUUGGAGCACCCUUCAAUGAAAUGAUAGCUCUGAGAGGACUUGUUCCUCUCUACUUGACUAUUAAUCAGAGGCUUCCAUUUUUUGACAACACCCUGGAUUUGAUUCACACAACUAGGUUUCUUGAUGGAUGGAUUGAUUUUGUGCUCCUUGAGUUCAUAUUGUAUGACUGGGACAGAGUUCUGAGGCCAGGGGGUUUGCUUUGGAUUGACAGUUUUUUCUGCUUGAAAGAAGAUUUGUAUGAUUACUUGAAGGCCUUCGAAAUACUGAGAUAUAAGAAACUCAAAUGGGUGGUUGCUCCAAAGCUUGAUAAAGAUGAUCAAGAAAUGUUCUUUUCUGCUGUUUUAGAGAAGCCUCCUAGGCCAUUCAGGUGAUCUUCCUUAUAGUGUUAUCUUCUUACCUAUGCAGUUCCCACCAUUUUUUAGGUUCAUAUUUGAGGCUCCUUACUUCUGAAUGUUGCACAGUUGUCUUGUGUUUUGUGUUCAUAAAUUUCUAGAAAUGACUGUUUUUGAAUCAUAUAUGUCAAUAAGAAGCUUCAUGGUUGAAUAUACUUCCAUGCCUAUCUGUGGAAAAUUUGCUUCAAUUUUACAUCAUUGAUUUUGCUAUUAUUCUCUCCCUCUCAUUUCUUUCGUAGUCUGUAGUAUAUUGUUUACCAUGUCUAUAAUACUCAUACCUAUGAAACUCAGUGACAGAAAAAAUAGACAUUGUUUAUGAUGAUCUCUUUACUUUUAGGAUAAAUUCUGUUGCUAUAUAAUUCACCCUCUCUGC